UUCUAUUUUUCUAUUUAUUUAAAUAAGACGGGCACUACAAGUUAGUUCGACGUUUAUACGCGAAUGUAUGGCAUCGUUAAGGUAGCAAGAAAAUUCAAUACUGCUCCAGCAGCUGGAGUUUCACUUCUUUAUAUUAUAUCGAAUUAUUUUGGUGUUUUGUUCGUUUGGCUUAUGUGCUGGUCAGUAUUGGUUAAUUUGUUACUUUUGAGUGUGCCGUUCUUGAUAAUAUUCGGAAUUUUCGGUCUUUUACGCUUUUGAUUAGUUUCCAAGACACGCUUUAGGCCGUGGCCUCUUUCAUGGCUUUUUUGGUCCUGCACCACUCUUUUUCACCAUAUGAUCGGGUGAAGCUGUCCGUGGACAUUUGAAUAAAACUCUAUAACUGUAUCGGACUUUCUGAAUUAAAUCCUUGACGGAACAGUGAAAAAGAGUGCAUUUGGACGCUUGGCAGCUGAUCUAGCUACACAAUGUCAGAGAACGCGGAGAAGAUAAUUGGCCCGUCCAGACCUGCAAGCAGGAAUUCAAGCAGAAUUUCUUCAAGAGCGUCAGAAAAAAAGGGCUAAAGCAGAAGCUACUCGAGUGCUGGUAGAAUUUGCAAAACGUGAAACGGACAUUAAAAAGAGAUUGGCAGCCAUCACGGAAGGACAAAAUGACAUGGAAGCCGAUCUUGAACUGUUACAAGUAGAAAAGGAGGCUGCCAUGGCAGAAGCUGAAGCUUCUUACUUGGAAGAGCAAGACAUGGAAAGAUUGUCGGACGACUUACAUUAGCCUUUUCAACCUCCAGAAGAACUAUCGCGAAAUAAUGUCGCCAGUCUUCCCCAGUCUGGUGACGACCCUUACCGUAUCCGCUUGGAGCCGAACAUUGCCGAAAACCCAGUGCCAGACGCCUUUAAUUCUCCGGUGACAAAUAUCAUUAGAGAAAUGGCGCCUACACAACAAGUUAACUUUAUGUCAACUCCUCUAACUGAAUUUCAUAAUUCAACAUCAUUUAAUGCUUACCGUUCACAAGUUCACCCAGUUAGCAGUAUUAGAGAUAUGCAUACCAGCGAUGUGAAUAAUAGACUUACUUCAGAAACUAUAAGUAGUCCAUGCGCAGAGAUGAAGGAACCAUCUGGUGACAUUUCUGUUGAGAGAGGAUAUUAUUCCCAAAAGGUUACAGCGUUUUAAUGAGAAACCACAAUCCUUUCCAUUAUGGAAAACAACAUUUCAAGCUGUCAUGAACGAGCUCAAGAUUCAACCAUCAGAGGAAAUUGAUUUUCUCGUAAAUAAUUUGGGUACUGAGUCGCAGAUGUGGGGGGAAAGUAUGAGAGCUUCAUGCGCAUCUGAUCCUAAGUCAGGACUGAAAUUGAUUUGGGAGCGUUUAGACCAUUACUAUGGUUCUGCAGAAAAAAAAGCACUGUUUGAAACAACGGAUACAAAAUUUCCCACAGUUAACAGUGAAUGACAACAGAAAACUGUUUGAGCUAAGUGACUUGUUACUUGAGGUGCAAUCCCUGAAGUCUGACCCGAAGUACGCAUCAAGUUUUGCUUUGUAUGAUUCAUCAUCUGGUAUGAACACGAUUGUUGUCAAGUUGCCUUAUAGUUUUCAACAAAAGUGGAUAGGUCAUGCUGCAAAGUACAAACGAGAUCACUCAGUUAUAUUUCCCCCAUUUACUGUGUUUGUGAACUUUGUUCGUGAAUUGAGUCAUGUUAGGAAUGAUCGAGCCUUUUUGUGGGAAAACAACACUCAGUCAGAUAAACCGGUGAAGUCACAUGCCAAGCCAGCUUCAAAAGGGUUAACACUAACAGUCACGUUGUGAACCGAAAAACAGACAUUCAUGAUAAGGGUAACAGUGGUGAGAAGAAACAGCAAUCAAGUCCGGUGAUGCUCCCCCUACAAUGCAAAUCAUAGUUUGUUACAGUGCAAAGCAUUCACCAAUAAGACAUGGGAAGAGCGACGAGCUGUCCUCAAGGAAAAUGGUCUUUGCUAUAGAUGUGUUGUUUUUAAAGACCAUAUUUCACCAAAGUGCCCAGCAACUGUGACAUAUGAAAUAUGCAAGAAAAAUAAUCAUAACACAGUCAUGCAUAGAGACAUCCAAACAUCGGUCAAUGGCGGGGAGAACCAAGGUAUUUCGGUUUCAUCAAAGUGCACUUCUUUAUGUGGUCAAGAUUUUAGAGGUCGUUCAUGUGGUAAGAUUGUCAUGGUCGAUGUGUCCUUUGAUGGCCGGUCUAAGAAAGAACGUACCUAUGCAAUACUCGACAAUCAAAGCAACCGGCCUUUGAUUUCACCAGAGUUGUGUGAAAAACUUGGUGUUUCCGGGGAUAUUAUUGAGUAUACUCUUGCAUCCUAAUCCGGGAGUACAGUCAUGGCGGGGAGGAGAAUCUCGGGAUUGACGAUAGCUUCAGUAGAUGACGCAACGGCAUUCGAGUUACCGUGUUGAUUGAAUGUGAUGCGAUUUCCCAAAAAUUUUCAGAGAUACCCACAUCCGAUGUUGUAAGCAAGUUUCCACACUUGCAAAGGCUUUCUUCAUUGAUACCUCCAUUGGAUCAAUCCAAUGGAAUACAUAUGUUGAUAGGAAGAGAUCUUCCAGCCGCACAUCACAUCAGAGACCAGAUUUUAGGACCAAGAGAGUCACCAUUCGCUUUGCAACUCCCCUUAGGUUGGGUUGUGAUUGGUGAAGUUUGUCUUGGAAAAGUACAUAGACCAUAUACUGUUAAUGCGUACUAUACAAACAUUGUUGGAGAUGGGCGGAGCACCAUUUUUAGUUUUUGUGAUUCGAAUAUCUUGGUAAAAGACACAGACUUUCAUUGCAACGACAUUUUUAGAAGGUCACAUGAUGAUAGAAAGAUUGGUUUGUCAGUUGACGAUAGGGAUUGUUUGGAAAUCAUGGAUAAGGGAUGUACAAAAGAUGAGUCGGGUUUAUGGACUGCACCAUUGCCAUUUAUUCCGAACAGGCCCAGAUUACCUGAUAACCGGGAUCAAGUGUUUAGACGCGCUAUAUUGUUGAAAAAAAGAUAUGUGAGCAUUUGGUACAAUUUAUGGAGAACAUCUUCCUUAGUGGUGCUGCGGAAAGGGUUACAGAUUUAGAAGAUGAUGGGAAGGAGAAAUGGUAUUUGCCAUUGUUUGGAGUAUACCAUCCUAAGAAGAAAGACAACAUUAGGGGCGUGUUUGAUUCCUCAGCAUCAUAUGGGGGCUUUUGCCUGAACGAUGUUUUGUUAUCAGGACCAACCAUGACGAACAGUCUUCUUGGUGUCUUGCUGAGAUUCCGUAAAGACCAUUAUGCUAUGACAGCCGAUAUAAAACAAAUGUUUUAUCGCUUCCUUGUCAACAAUGAACACAGAGACUUUUUUUGUUUCUUUUGGUUUGAGGACAACGAUCCUAAGCGUCCACUUUGUGUUUACCGCAUGAGGGUACAUGUGUUUGGGAACAAGCCCUCACCUGCAGUCGCCACUUAUGGACUUCGGAAAACGGUGGAAAAUGCAAAUGCUGACAUACAGGAGUUUGUCAAGGAAAGUUUUUAUGUUGAUGAUGCCCUGGCCUCCAGACCAACACAAGAUGAAGCUAUUUUCAGCUUAUUGAAGAAUACCAGAAAAGUCCUUCAAGAUGAAGGUUUGAUCCGUUUACACAAGAUUACCUCCAAUGAUGUUGAGAUUAUGAACCAGUUCCCUAAGGAAGAACUGGACACCACCCUGAAAGAUAUAGAUAUCUAUGACGUGCUACCGACUCAACACAGUUUAGGUUUGAGCUGGGAUUUGAAUCUCGAUGUUUUUACCCUGACAGCUCCCUGUGUUGAUAGAGCCUUUACGGGAAGAGGACUGCUAUCUACCAUGAAUAGUGUCUUUUAUCCCAUGGGUUUUGUCGCACCCUUUACAAUUAGUGGGAAGAUUUUGCUGCGUAAAGCCUGCUCAGAUGGAAGUGCUUGGGAUGACCCAUUGCCAACCACUUAUUGCGAGGAAUGGAAUACCUGGAAAAGCCGUUUAGAACAAUUGCAUGGCUUCCAGGUUCCUAGGAAGUAUAUCUCUAAGUCAUUAAGCCUGAUGAAAGACAUCAAUGUCUAAAUUUACUCGGAUGCUUCUGAAAGUGCCAUUGCUGCAGCUGCCUAUUUAGUGGACACCACUUUGUUUGACUCUCAGGUUGGCUUCAUCAAGAGAAAGGCGAAACUUGCCCCAAAAAGUGGACAUAGUAUUCCUAGAUUGGAGUUAUGUGCAGCUGUCCUAGCAACCGACUUGGGCCUUUUCAUUUCUGAGCAAUUGAGCAUUCCUCCAUCAUCUUUCAAAUUUUUCACCGAUAGCAGGGUAGUACUGGGUUACAUUAGUAAUAGGACUCGCAGAUUCUACACCUAUGUCAGCAAUUGGGUUGCCCAAAUACAUGCCUUUUCUCAACCUGGCCAGUGGAGUUAUGUUUCAACAGAACUUAAUCCGGCCGAUGCAGCGACUAGAAUGUCCUCGAUAAGCAUGGAUUCACAACUUGAGAAGUGGCACGCAGGACCGUCUUACGUUCUUACUGAAAGCCAGCAAGUCGGUCCAACCGAUGAAUAUAUUCUGCAGCUGCCGAAAGAAGAUGCAGAGAUUCGUCCUGAAAUAAUAGUGAAGACGACCCAUAUUGAAAGAUCCUUUAGCCCUAUAAUCGAUGCUUCUACACGUUUUUCGAAAUGGAAAAGUGUAAUAACCGCCUUUUCAAUCCUGAUACAUAUUGCAAAGACAUUUUCAGGCCACCACGAGACGAAGUGUACGGGAUGGCAUAUAUGUAAAGAGAGCACCUCACCUCCUCUUUAAAUGGAUACUGAACAAUUUCUGUUCUCAGAAUUGCAGAAGAAACACUAUAGCGAAAAAAUUGGUGCACUUACAGCUAAAAGGCACAUUUCUAAGUCGAGCUCCAUCAUCUCUUUGACACUUUUUUUUGAUAAUUGUGGGUUGUUGCGUGUUGGUGGUCGCCUCCGAAAUCUGAAAGAUGUUGGAAUUGCGUCUGUGAACCCUUUGAUAGUUCAGAAGAGUCAUGUGGCCUCAUUAUUAGUACAUCAUUACCAUCAGAAAACCUCCCACCAAGGACGUCAUUUUACAGAGGGAGCCCUCCGGACAAACGGUUUGUGGAUAAUUGGAGUCAAGAAAUUAGUUUCCAGCAUUUUACAUGAUUGUACAACUUGUCGUAGGCUUAGGGGCAGUUUACUUGAACAGAAGAUGGCUGAUCUGCCGAUUGAUAGAUUGUCACCCGGACCACCUUUUACCUCAGUUGGCGUUGACGUUUUUGGACCUUGGGAGAUAAUCACAAGGAAGACUCGUGGAGGGGCAGCCAAUUCAAAACGAUGGGCUAUUAUCUUCACCUGCCUGACAACACGUGGUACUCAUAUUGAAGUUAUAGAAUACAUGAGCUCCUCAUGUUUUAUCAACGCUCUAAGGCGUUUCAUUGCGAUUCGCGGACCAGUGAGGAUUUUGCGUUCGGAUCGUGGGACCAACUUCGUGGGCGCUGCUGACCAAAUCACUUCUUUCCAGAAACAAAUCCAAGAUAAGGGAUUGGUGUGGUUCUUCAAUGCUCCUCAUGCAUCACAUACUGGAAAUGUUUGGGAACGUCAUUGGUAUAGCAAGAAAGAUUUUAGACAGCAUGCUGCUAAAAUCCCAGAUACAAUUAACUCAUGAAUUAUUAUGUACAUUAAUGGCUGAGGUAACUGCAGUCAUGAACGCGCGACCCAUUGUGGCUGUGGAGACCGAUUCAAGAGACCCUCUUAUUUUGUCGCCAAACCUGUUGUUAACUCAAAGGACUUAAAGGACUGCUAUAAAACUCAAUGGAACCACGUGCAGGUUCUCUCGGACAUUUUCUGGAAAAGGUGGAAGGAACGAUACUAAGAUCAGCUUCAGACCAGACGGAAAUGGCAACAGAAGAGCCCAAAUCUCAAACAAGGGGACAUAGUUCUACUUCGUGAUAAGACUUUGCACAGAAAUCAGUGGCCAAUGGCAGUCGUUGAGCAAACGAUAAGCAGUGCUGAUUCGCUCGUGAGGAAAGCAGUCGUUCGAUGUCUCCAAAAGGAUACGCCAGUGAAAUACACGCGCCCAAUCAGUAAAUUGGUGUUAUUGCUUAGUGAUUAAACGAAUCAUGAGAUCAAAGUGUAAAUAACGUGAUUAUAAGUCAGUGAAACUAGUCAUUUAAUUAGUGUGAAUCAAGAGAAGUUCGAGCAAGUGUGGAUUAUCAAUUGAAAUAAAAAAGGUAGAUACUGUGACUACACUCAACUGAUGGAUUGCCUGGAUUCUGGUUUGAUACAGCCUAGAACAUUUGAUGAAGAAACUUGAGUGGAUCGAUAGACAAUUGACUCGACCAGUGUCAACAAGUGUUUAUAUUCAUAUUACAUUUUAUAUUAACUUCUUGUUAUUUGUUUCAAGUUGUAUGCACAAUGUUAUGUUUGAGUUAGCCUUAUGUAUAUGAAAUUUGAUGCAUUUUAUGAAUAUUAUGUAAGUUCGCUGCUGAAAGUGUCUUUCGUGGGUGUUAGCAUGGAAGUUAUAGUCAUUUCCUUAGUAACAUGCUAGUGAAAAACCGGCUCGAAACUUAUUAAUUCAUGAAUAAGUUUAAUAUAAGUUUCAUUAUUUCCUUAAAGCAUAUGGUUAAUUUUACAAUUGAAAAAUAUUAAGCUAAAAGUUAUAUCAUUAAGAUAUAAGACGGGGAGUGUGCUGGCCAGUAAGGGGUCACGUUUACAGAUUUUUCUAAACGUUUAAACGAAAUGAAAUAAACGAACCGUUACCGUUUAAACGGUAACCCUAUGUCCGUUUAAAAAGCAUCAGUUCCAUCGCAUUUCCAAACUGAAAAUAGUUUUUUCCGGAAGUAAUAUUCAGUGCAUAUCCCAUUCGCGCAAUGACGUCAUAUUAAAACCAUAAAAUAUUAUAAAACAGACCAUCCGUAUCACCACAUGUGUAUUCGUCAUUUUAUAAAAAUAACUUAAAGAACGUCGAAAAUAAUGUAAUAUCGACGAACAAUACUGUUUCCGAAAACGACACGUAUUUUGCACAUGGAAUACAAUGUGCAUAUCGGUUGACCGCAGAAAAUAACUAGCUAAAACGUAAUCAAUAUAUAAUUUGGUUAAAAUAUUGAUGUUCAACAUGCUACCGCUGUGUUUUACUUAGCUAAUCAAUCCAUUAAAAUAUUUCAAGAUGGCGGCAUAUGCACUGUUUCGUUGCCAAGUUGUAAGAUUUUCGGAAAGUAGGGAAGAUUUUCCGUUAGUUUCCGUUCAUGGCUGUGCCAUCCGCUAACCAAUCAGAAAUACAUUACUGCCGAGUUCGGUAGCCCAGAUUUACCGCACGUACCCGGAUUUCGCAGUUCUUCAUCGAUAUACUUCGUGCGGCUAGUCGGCUACGUUAUUUGCAACCCAAUAUUUAUUAUAUUGAUAUUGACUGUCGUUUAAACGUUUACUGUUUUAGUAAACGUUUUUCAGCAAAACACGAAACGCGACCGUUUAAACGUGACACCCUUACUGGCCAGUAUUGGUUAAUUUGGUACUUUUGAGUGUGCCAUUCUUGAUAAUAUUCGGUCUUUUACGCUUUUGAUUAGUUUCCAAGACACGCUUUAGGCCGUGGCCUCUUUCAUGGCUUUUUUUUGGUCCUGCACCACUCUUUUUCACCAUAUGAUCGGGUGAAGCUGUCCGUGGAUAUUUGAAUAAAACUAAAACUGUAUCGGACUUUUUGAAUUAAAUCCUUGACGGAACAGCUUAAAUUAUGUUAAGUGUCUUGUUCUGUGAAAAUUGGGCAAAAUUCAUGUGCGUAAAGUGUCGUCCCAGAUUGGCCUGUGCAGUCCGAACAAGUUAAUCAGGGACGACACUUUCCGCUUUAAUAGUAUUUUCAUUUAAAGGAAGUCCCUUUUUACCGAAAAUCUAGUUUAAGCGGAAAGUGUCGCUCCUGAUUAGCAUGUGCUAAUCUGCGACGACACUUUACGCACAUGCAUUAUGCAGUUUUCUCAGAGCAACACUUAUGUUUUAACUGUUUUAUAUGUGCAGAAUACAGUGCUUGAUGUUUAUAGAAUCGUGCAACAUGAUGCAUAUUUAUUAAAUAAUAAGUAUGGUUGAAUAUUCGACACAUUAAAACUAUUGAAGCAAUAUAAGUAGUGUUUGCUCUGUUCUGAAAGUUAAAAGUAACAAGUUGUUCUUAUUUUCUUAAGUUUCUUUAGUUUAAGACGAUUACUUUUUAUCUUUCCUUUGAGUUGUGAUCGCCAAGAGGUUGAUCUCUGUUUCAUUCCGAUUUUGCGAAAUUUUGUUUUGUGCAAAGUUAUUUUAUUCGAAUUCUAUUGAUGAAAUUAUAUUUUUACUAGUAUAAGUAUUUUUUUAACUAUUAUUUUUUUAUUUCCAAGAGCACAUACUAUGCUAUUAAUUUUGGUUUUAAAUUUGAUUUAAUAUGAGAACGUGAAAGUGACCAUGUGUUAUCUAUGCGGUUUGCUGAAAUAAUACCUCAUGUCUACCAUUAAAUAAUUGAUGCUUAUUUGGUAAAUAUAUCUCAAAAUAAAGAGGUCUCGGGAAAUUGAUGAAGACAGGCAUAGAGACAAAGAUAUUCAGCAAUGGGUUCUCAAUCGCCACACACCCUGCCAUUACAUAAUAAAAAAUAAAUAGAUAUGAGAAAUAUGGUUUAAUGGUAUUUAGUACACAUGAAGUAAUGUACAUUUCUCUUGAUUAGUGAUAGUGAAUACAUCGGUAUUGAAAAAAAACUGCGUGACUUCUUUGCACGUAUGCGUUACUUAUUUAAGGCUUAUUGUCUGAUUUAAAUAAAUAAUAAUGCAGUAUUCGCUUUCCAAACAUGUGCAUGGGUGAAAUUAUACAUAUUUUUUAUUAAGAGUUUUCCUACGGAUUUUACAUAUCUUCCAUAUCAUUUCCUUUCUAGAUAGAUUACAUUGACGGGCAUACGCCAUAAUAAUUCAACAUUAUGGUUCGAUGGUCUGAAGAUGAGCAGAGGCGAUUUUCAACGCACAGAACGCCAAAAGCUAUUCGGGUAUAUUCAAAGGAUGGGGGUCAUCGAGCAGUCGAUGAAGAGAGAGUAACAAUACAUACAGAUGAAUGUUGAUAAAACCACUAUGCUAGUGGUGACAUCAGAAGACAAUGAACUGUUUUAAUGAUCGGACGACUGGGGAUCAGGCUUCGUAAACAAGGAAGCACGUGCUCUGGACACUUUUAAUAUCAUUAAAUGGAACGUUGCUAGACUUGAUGUUCGACACAUGAAACAAACUGCUUAAAUAAAGAGUAGCGGUUAAAAUUGUUUUUGUUUUUUUAAUAAAUAAAGAACAUACACAAUAAACUUUGUAUUUUUA